AUGGGUGCUUUCACUGAUAGUUUGGUCAUUGAUCCAUACCUAAGCAAUGGAGAAAAAAUGUCAGAACCAACAUUGAUUGGGGAAAGCACAGCUGAAAGAGUAAAGGAAGAAAUUUGGGCAUGCGUGUUGGACGAUGAUGUUAGAAAGAUUGGCCUUUAUGGAAUGGGAGGUAUAGGUAAAUCGACUGUCAUGAAGCACAUCAAUAAUCGUCUAUUGAAGGAGAAAAACAAAUUUGACAGUGUCAUUUGGGUCAUUGUAUCAAAGUCUUUAAAUGUUAUCCAACUACAACAUGAUAUUGCACACAAGUUAGAUUUAAAUCUCACAAAAAUUGAGGAUGUAGGAGCAAGGGCUGCCAAGUUAAUGGCAAAAUUGGAAGAUAAUGAUAGAUAUGUGCUAAUCUUAGAUGAUAUGUGGGAAAUAUUUGCUCUUGAGGAAGUAGGAAUUCCAGAGCCUAUGGAUGCAAAUUAG